CUCCGCGGAGCCAGCGGCGCGCGCGCCGCGGCGCGGGUGGCGGGUCUCCGGGGGGGGGGCCCCGCGCCGAGCGCGCGGGCGCGCCCUCCGCGGCAGGAGGGGGAGGGCGGAGGGGGCGGGAGGAGGAAGGAGAGGGACGGGGGCAGGGCGAGAGGAAAGAGCCUACACGCCGCCGCAGAACGUGCACCCGGGGUGGGGGCAUGGGAGACAGGUGGAGGCGUCUGGGGCAGCGAGGUCGGCCAGCGGGCCGGCUGGAACUUCUCCUGGCGAGCGCGGCUGGCCCGCUGCCAUGCCACGCGCAGCCGCGCCUUGCCGCAGAGCUCACCCGUCGCCGCCCGCCGCGGCCCGGGCGCCCUGCCGGCCUCGUCUCCAGCACCGUGGAGUGAUCAGUAUAAGCAGAUGCAGAAGCAGAUGGAGUUUCUCUCAGCUGAGCUCAAGAGAGUCAAGGCUGAGAAGGGAGUCGCGGCCAAGGGUGACGGAGGUGACACGAUGGCCAAGGACCCCGACGGUAACGAGACGGACUAUGCCAAGAGAGCUGCGCUUCAGAAGCGCAUUGAUGUACUCGACCAGUUCAUCAAGCAGACGAAGGAGCUGGACGAGGACGAUCCUGACUUGCCAGCGGCAAAGAAAAGAUUGGACCAGCUUCGUGAAGAGCACAGAGCCAUGCGCCCUCCAGUGUCGGCACACAAGGCUGCAUUCCAGAAGCUCGAACGAUGCAAGUCCCAGAAGACGAAGAUGGAGUAUGAGAUAUCGGAACUUUCGGCAAGGUUGUCAUCACUUCAGAAUGAGUUGGAUGGCAAAAAAGCUGCACUCGAGGCUAAGUCGAAGGAAGUUGAUUUACUCGAAGUGGAAGUUGAAAUGUCGGCGGCUAAGUUGCGCAAGCAGCGUAGCCCCAGAGGAGCUGAAGCUGCAGGAGUCCCCGAGGAUUUCAUCAAGCAGCUGGGCUCCAACCUCAUCCGCGCUGAGGACGCCGAGCUUGAGAAGUUGUUCAAGGACCUCAGCGUACACCCGAAGUUCGAGAAGUUCCAGCAGAUCAUUUUCGAGAGUGUUGCCCCCGCAGGGACGGUCGACGACCCCAUGGAGGGCAGGACUCAUGCUGGAGCGUUAUCAUUGAACCAGGACAUGAGACCAAGGGCCACCUUCCCUCUGCGGGAGUGGCUGUUUUCGCACGUGCUGAAGUUGGUCUUCGACGUCCUCAAGUUGAUGGUCAGACUGUCUCUGGAGUUCUGGUCGCCCACAGGGCGCUACACGUGGUGGUUGAUGUACCAGGACUUUGAUUGGUCAUUGGAGCGUAGGUAUGCUUCCACAGCGGUUGAGAUGGCCAAGGUCCCCUUGAGCGAGCUGCCCUUUGUGUCCGCAGGGUUGGUUGGACAAUCAAGCAGUGGGAUGUCUGGCUGGACCAUCGAGGAGUUGAAGUGCCAUUGCAACAAUUUACACCAGGUGCAGGAUUUGAACCCUGAGGAGAUGGUGGAGUCUGCAUGUCCAGAGGCGCAGGCGAUCGAGCUUGCUCCAGAUGGAGGGCUCAGCAGGUGGCGCAAGCGGUAA